AUGACGGCUGCCAAUAAUGGCCCAGCUACCAAAUCAAGAAUGUACUCUCAGCCUCAGAAACAGAGCAGUGUAUUGCAUCAUGAAGAGGAGCAGGAGUCCUUCAAUAUUAUGUCAGGAGCAAACGCAAAAGCAACUGCGACAGCAACUGCGACAGUAACACAACCACAAUCACUCUAUUCGACCCCAUCAAAGGAACCGAGCUUGUUGAAUGAUGACAAUUUCUAUUCCCGCUUCCUGAACAUGGACGAUGUUUCCAAAUACGCCUCGGACCUGGCCAACAGCCUCGCCUACCAUAAUCACCAUCACCAACCACAACAAAAGACAAAGUCUGGCGAAGAAAAUGAGGAGAUGGAUGAAAUUACCGUAGCGACUCAAUACUUGACGCUAAAGCGUUUGUGCAUGUUGCCUCAAAUGACGACCGAUGAUAUUGCAGGUUGGACCUACAUUGUGAAUGCCUUUCAAGCGAUGAGGACCAGGGAGGAGGAAGGCCGGGAUGCUCCCGCUGCGGACAGCAGCAACACUUCAAGAGUUGAAUCGAGCGAACGAGAAGGAGCAGCAACUAAAAAAGCAACUGUGGUGAAUGACGAACUAAUUCCACAUUUGUACAAUUCGGACGAUGACUCUUGUGACGAUGGUGCGAGUGUGGUGUUGGAUAUUGAUGCGCCGGUGGAAGAAGUCGAAGCUCUGGAGUACAUUGCUGCCAUGGAAGCUGCUGCUCUUGAAAUGAAGCAUCCAGAAUGCUACAUUCCUGUAGUCGCCCAGAAGGACCGACAAGACUGUCAUAUUGGUAUUCUCUUUGCUCGACAGACGCCAAGAUCACCCUUGAUCAUCCAUCGAGUCGGAAGCAAGGGCAUCUUUUCAUCUUCAGACCUACUUCCAGGAAUGGUUGUUCGGGAGAUCAAUCGACGACCCAUGUCCUUUGGCGUUGCUCCCGAAGAUGCCUUUCUGGAAUUGAAGGGUGCACUGGCAGGAGAAGUAUCGAUCCUUGCCGAAGGUAUAGUAUGCACGGUCCAACGAUUGCAACGCAAGCAAAAGAUUGGUCUCAAGCUAAAGGAGACUCCAUUCGGUACGGUGAUCAUUGCCAAGAUUGCCAACAAGAGCAUAUUCAAAGAUACCGUCCUUCAAGAAGGAAUGACAAUCCAAGGUAUCAAUGGCCAACUCUGCCCAUUGACCGCCAAGGCUGCCAAGUUCAUCAUGAAGGAAACCAUUGGAGACAUUCAAAUUGUCGCUGUGGAUGGAAUCAAGCUCGAAAUGGAACGAAUCUCAAUGGUGCAAUCGGGCAAGAUCAAUCAGCUCUUUCACAAGCAAAACAAAAUUAGUGUCCUGACGCAAGAAGUCAGCGUGGCAGGCCAAUCAUCAUCAUCAUCAUCAUUGACAACGAAAAGGACAGCUCCAGCAUCAGAGCGAGUAUCGGUGGGCGGUGAUGCCGACACCGUUGUAACAACAAUGAUGGCACCCAUUCAAUCGGAAACGAGUAUUUUGUUGAAUGGCGAUGGUUUGAGUGCAUCCCGAUUCGAAGUAACCGUGACCAAGAAUGGGACCAACAAUGAUCAAGAACCUGGAAUUUCCUUUUCACGGAUGAAUGCCAGUGCACCCUUGACUAUUGACACAAUUGAAAAGGAUGGACUCUUUGGUGAAAGUACUUUAGUAGAAGGUAUGGUGGUCGUUUCCAUCAAUGGCGAAAAUAUGACCUGGAAAGCCCCCAAUGUUGCUGCCGAUGCGGUGACAACCUCGAAUCAUGUCACUGUGGUGGCCGAAGCCUUUGUCACUACCGUCAUCAAAGCCAAUGCGUGCGAGCGAGUCGGUAUGACGCUCAAAAAGACCACCGAUCACAAGAUUUACAUUGAUCAGAUUCCCAUGGGAAGCAAGUUUUCCUUUACCGCCUUGAAACCGGGCAUGGUUCUCUUGACGAUCAAUGGAAAGCCGUGUCCCAAGACCAUUAAGGAAACCCGAGCCUUGUUUUCGAAUAUGGGUGAGGGCGAACUCACAAUCAUGGCGGUCAACGUGGAUCGUCAUUCAUGGAGGACUACUAGUGGUGGUGGUAGUACUACUAGAUCUGCUAGUACUAGCAGAAGCACUACGCAUCACAAGAAACAACAGCAACAGCAUCAAAAGCACCAAAAGCAGCAGCAGCAAUCGGAUCAAGUCAUGGAGACAUUGAAUGCCUUGGCAGUUUCUUCGUCCAAUAGCACUUCGGGGAUGAUUUUUGGAAAUGAUUCCUCCACAGAAGAUGAGGACGGCGGAGCUGCCGCUCAAGUAGACUUCUAA